ACAUACAUAUACAAUAAAGACAAUUAUAAAAUAAGGUAACUAACCUUUAGGUAUUAUGCUAAGAAAGGGGAUAUUAGGAGAAUAUUGUAAUAUUUCUGGAAUUAUUACAUAAACAGUAGAACGUCAUUUUUAAAAGGUCACACACAGUUUUGAACAAUAAAAGAAAACUAAUUUUAUUCUAAUGAGAAAAAAAAUGUCAUGUGAUUAUGUUGUCACUGGAAUCAGGCGUCAUUUCGAAGGAUGCUUUGUUAUUUUAUUUUAUACAAAUCAAGUCAUCUCUCUCGGUGUUGUUUUUUUAAAGAUAGCACAAGACUAGUUAUAGUUGCUUAAAGAGAAUACGCUCUCAUUUAUUUAUAAAAAUAAGAAACACAUCAUAUUACAUUAAUAACCAUUUGGAGUCUGGAGAAGUUUUUUCCGGCAUUCAAACAACAGAUUUUAAUUUUAAUACAAAUAUUUUUUUUUAUCAGAUUGGAAGAAAAAAUUUUGUUUUAUUUUUUUAAUUUUAGUUGUUUAAAAAUUUUUUUUUAAAUACAUUAUCAAACAAAUCUUAAAAUUACAAUAAAAAAAAAACAUUACGUUUUUUUUCUCAAAAUUAAAAUCUGAUUUUUUUUUAACUCAAAAUAAAAUCUAUUUUUUGCAUGAUAAACUUAAAAAACAAUAAUACUAAUAAUAAUAAUAAUUAUAACAAUAAUAUUUAACCUUAGUGGAUUAAAAAAGAACUUUUUUUUAAAUUUAGCAAAAAACACUUUUAAAAAUGUUAUUUCAAUUUAGGACAUCCUUUUGUGUUAAUAAAAACUAAUGAGAAAUGAUUAAUGUGCUAAAUGUACAGUACAGUGUUUUAAUAGGAUAUGCUUGUAUUGUAUUUGCUUCUUAAGCUUUAAAAGGGUUGCAGAUGUGCUUUAACCAAUCUAAUAAAUCUUGGCUACAAAUAUACUGUAUACUGUACAUAUAUUUAUGUUUGUUCUAUUUGAGGAGGUGCGCUCCUCCAUCAAUAGUCAAAGAAGCUCCUAUGUGGGAUUAUAUAAUGUGUCAUGGAGCUUUUUCCCCUGGCUUCCUGCUGUGUGUGCCGCCCUUCGGACCCGUCACAACCACAUUGACACCCCCUCCAUCAUGUCGGAGUGUAUAUCACGCGACCCUAAUGUGUGUGUGUGUGUGUGUGUGAGGAGGAGGUGCUCCAGUUCACCUGAAGAAUAGCAUCUUUGUGAGCUUGAGCCUUAUAAAGAGCCGCUCGGACGCGUUUCGGCCCACCCAAAUAUUCAGUAAUAAUCAUGAAGCCCCGAGCGCUUCUCCUCCUGCUGGCGGCCGUCGUUUGCGUGUCCAACGCUCAGACGAACAACAGCGUCAACGACAACAACAAGCAGCGUAGCAUUUGGGACGAGCCCAUCCGCUUCAGCACCAAAUCCAAGGAUUCGUGCACCAUGGUGGUGUCGGGGGCCGGGGACUACACCCGCUUGCGCGUGACCUGCAAAGGCCCCAGCCAGGGUCAGACGGCGGGGCGUUCCUACUACUGCGACUUCCAGGGGAAGCCCAACCUGUGCCGUGCUUACAGCCUCAACCCUCGCCACUACUUCACCCAGAUGAUGUGGGACCUCAGGAAACUCAGCCACGCCUGCCAGGGCGCCAAAAUCUACCGGCCGUCGAUGUGCAAGAAACACCCCGACGAGGUCCAGAUGAGCUUCCUGGCCGCCUGGCCCAGGACCGCCAGCCCAAAACCCUCCAAGCCCGUCCAGGAGUCGCCGCGCAAACCGGCGGCACCCGCCCAGGCCAAGCCCGCCGCUACCCAGAAGCCGGUCAGGCCUCAGCCCGUCAAGCCCCAGCCGGGAAAGAUCCCCCAGACCAGGAAGACCACCCCCAAGCCUGCAAAGACCACCGCACGUCCCAGCGAGGUGCCUGAAUCCAAAUCUUCCCGCAUGGCCUCGGAGUACUGCUGGAAGAGCUUCCACGGCAUCUGCUCCUACGUCAUUGGCUGGUUCCAGAACUAAACACAGGUGGCAAACAUCACUGAAGAACCCUUCACGUCCAUCCUGGACCUCAUAUGGACUUGAUACCAUUCAGACUUUUUUCCAUAACAGUGUUUUGUACACAAAUUAAAAAUGUAAACUGUCACUUAUCAUCCUGCUAUGUUUUUUUGUUUUUUUUGGUGCGCUCAAAGGCGUCCUUGUUCAUGCUGCACCCCAGCCGCAAAGAAACAUGUCUGCCGUCUGGCCCGUGCAGGAAGUUGUUGACAUCGAAGAUAAAACACUUGAGCACGGCGAAACACUCGACUCACUGUGUAGGAGGAACACAGGACGCCUGUGUUUGUGUGUGUGUGUGUGUGCACGGUGCGUGUGUGUGAUUACACUGCUCAUUAUUCCACAGCCAAUCAGUCAGCUUGACCUCGUGACCUCAAAACCUACUGUGGUCCAAACAGUGGUGGUUUGUACGAAAACAAAUGGUGUUACUGCAGUAUGUCAAUAAACUGUAGUAUCCUCAACCCAUAUGAUCAUUUAUUAUUAAAUAAAAUGUAUA